UUAGCAUGCUACAAAAGGUUAAUAAUACCUUUUAUUAACCAGGAAUGGAUUGAUAUUCGUACAGAAUUAAGUAAAACGUUUGUUCUAUUUUUGCGAUAUGCAUAUGUUCUUCUUAAUUUUACAUAUUAUUUUGAAAAUAACAAACCGGAAAAUGUGAAUGGUAAGGAUAUUUUAUUUGAGGGAGAAUUGGGAAUUCCAGGUGCAACGUUUACGAGACGUAAUGAAGACGUAGUAUUAUCUCUAAGAGAUGUAAACUAUCUACCCAAGUAUAAAAAGGUUAGAUUAAAUAAUCCAGAUGUUAAAGAAGCACUAAAUGAUCUAUUAAACUCAAUAAAAAUUGCUGAGAAAUUUUGA